AUGUUUCUUUCCGAUGAAUUCUGUGCCUAUAAAUUUAUUGAAGACACUAAACUUUUGACUCCAGUUAUUGAUUUGAUUUUCGACAAAGCUGUAGAAGAGCCACAUUUUUGUCCUCUUUAUUCUGAUUUGUGCAAAAAACAGGUAUCGAAAAAGGGAAAGGAAAUAAGAUUUUCAUGUUUUCUUAGGUUGAUGUCGAGCGCCAAAUGUAUUUACAGCGUGAUAAAACACCUGAUAAACAGUCUGAUAAGCAGUCAGAUCAGGCAGACAAUCAAUCUGAAAAGCCAAAAGAGAAGAAGAAUUUUAGCUGAGAUCAUUACAAAAUCUCAACGUACUUUUCUUGCUUCUGAUGAGUAUGACAAUAAAGUAAAAGAAUUAACAGAAAAAUUAGAGACUGCAGAUGAUAAGACUCGUGUAUUACUCGAAGAAGAACUCGAAACUCGUCGUUCUAAAGAAAAACGUCGACUUUUGGGAAUUAUAAAAUUUAUUGGACAAUUAUAUCGACAUCAAUUGCUUAUUGAAACGAUUAUUGAUUGGUGUGCUGUUGAAUUGGUGCGUAGAUUCGAAGCAACACAUGAUGAAGUUUAUAUUGAGUAA